AUGCCCAUCCCGGAACCGCAAGCCCACGAAAUCUUACUCCGGGUGCAUUACUGUGGCGUAUGCCACACCGAGCUGGACGAGAUUGAAGGUCGGCUGCCACCGCCUGAAUUGCCUGUUAUCCCCGGCCACCAGGUUAUCGCGGAAGUAGCAGAAUGUGGUGCACAGGCAACCAACUAUGCUCUGGGAGAUCGCGUUGGUGUCGGCUGGAUUCAUCAGUCCGACGGCACUGAGUUCGAAAAUCUUGCUGAUACAUUUGUUGCAACCGGCUGCGACACUAACGGCGGAUAUGCACAGUUCAUGACGGUACCAGAGCGUUAUGCGGUGCCGAUUCCCGAAGUGUAUGGUGACGCUGAAGCCGCGCCGCUGUUAUGUGCCGGUGCUAUCGGUUAUCGCGCGCUCAAGCUGACAGGCGUGCAGAACGGCCAGCCACUUGGGCUGUGCGGCUUUGGCGCAUCCGCACAUAUUGUCCUGCAGCUCGCCCAGCACUGCCUGCCCGAUUCGCCGAUAUUCGUUUUCGCCCGCACAGAUGCAACGCGGGGUUUUGCCAGGGAUAUGGGUGCCAGUUGGACAGGUGCACAUAACGAGACGCCACCUGUGCCGAUGCAGGCAAUCAUUGAUACAACACCGGCGUGGCUACCGAUUGUGCAGGCGCUGCAGAAUCUGGCUCCGGGCGGACGCCUGGUCAUCAAUGCCAUUCGCAAGGAGAGUCGCGAUCAGACCGCGCUGCAACUGUUGUCUUAUGCCAGACACCUGUGGAUGGAGCGUGAAAUCAAAUCCGUUGCAAAUAUUACACGUGCCGACAUUGCUGAAUUUCUGCCCCUGGCCGCGGCAGCCGAUAUACGCCCGGAAGUGGUCUGUUACCCGCUGGAACAGGCAAAUGAAGCGCUCCGCGCGGUCCUGCUGGUUGCACUGAUGACCAUUUGGGCAGAAUACCUCUGGUACGACGCGCUGGGAUAUGUGCAUCGUUUCUGGACGUUUACGCUGACACCUGUUUUUGUAGUGGCCGCUGGUGCAAUCCUUGCCGCUAUCGCACCGUUCAUUCUGUUACGACGUUCUGGUCCGCACUUGCGGCGUUUGGCCAUCACACUGGCCGCCGCCGGAGGAAUCGUGUGGGGCCUGGCAUCCUGGCGACUGGUGCUUCUGUAUCUCAAUAGUGAACCUGCCGGUGUGGUUGAACCCAUGCUGGGUUUCGACGUCAGCUUCUAUCUCUUCACAUUGCCGUUGCUGGACAGCCUGUUUGGUCUUGGCCUGUUUGUCGCCCUCAUUUUACUCGGCGUGGUGCUGUUUCUGCGCGAGGACAGUUUUGGAUUAAUCAAUUUCAAGGCGCCCUAUACAGCCCCGGCAACACCUCUACUGAUUCCACUGGCGAGCUUGUUACUUGCUGUUGUGUUUGCCUUUGGUGCUGCUCUAAGUGUGUUCCACCUGUUGUAUUCACAAAUGGGUGUCGUCCUGGGACCUGGCUGGACCGACGUUUAUGUACGCUUACCCGGACUGUUGUUGUUAGGUGUGAUAUUUCUUAUCGCCGGCACGCUGCCGUUAAGUCCGCGUUUUCGCAGAUUCAUGACCCAUCUUGUCGAACGACGAUUGCCUAUAGGGCCGCCAACGCUCAUGGCGGUUUUAGGUGCAUGGACGGUCAUUGGCGGUUUAUGGCUGGUUCUGGUUGUGGCAGCGCCACAGCUUGUGCAGUGGCUGGUUGUUAAACCCAAUGAAAUCACGUUCGAAGUGCCGUAUAUCAAGCGCAACAUUGAGUUCACGCGCAAGGCUUUCAAACUGGAUGAGAUCGAAGAACGACAGUUUGCAGCGGAAGCCAGGCUGACGGAGGCUUCAGCCGCGGACAACCAGCACCUGCUGUCCGAGGUGCGUUUGUGGGAUUGGCGAGCGCUGGAUGCCGUGUAUAAACAGUUUCAGGAAAUCCGGCUGUAUUACGAGUUUGUUGACGUGGAUAUCGACCGUUACCAGAUUGGCGAUCGUUACCGACAGGUCAUGGUUGCCGCUAGAGAACUCGCGCAACGUAACCUUCCCGAGCGCAGCCAGACGUUCGUGAACCAACGCUUCAAGUACACCCAUGGCUACGGUUAUACGCUCGCUCCAGUGAGCGACUUCACACCCGAAGGGUUACCAAAUCUGUUAGUCAAAGACAUACCACCUGUCACCAGCGACGAGGCACUGCGCGUUAAGCGCCCGGGUAUCUACUAUGGUGAGCUCACGUCGGAGCCUGCGGUGGUCAACACGUCUGAACCGGAGUUCGACUAUCCGAGUGGCGAAACAAACGUAUACACGCACUAUUCCGGCACAGGCGGCGUAGUCCUCGACAGUUUCUGGCGAAGGUUCCUGUUUGGCUGGAAAUUCGACGGUACUGUACUUUUGCUGUCCAGCUACCCACACGAGCAAAGUCGGAUUUUGUAUAACCGUCAGAUCCAGCAACGUGUGCGCAAGAUCGCGCCGUUCCUGGUCUUUGAUCAGGAUCCGUAUAUUGCCGCGGUCGAUGGUCGGCUGGUAUGGAUUGUCGACGCUUUUACCAGCUCCAGUUAUUUUCCCUACAGCCAGCCCUUUGAAUCCCAUGAACAGAUUGAAUUCCGUGGUCCGGAAAUCGGUGAACGCACAGUGCGGCGUCUGCACGGUGAAAACUAUGUCAGAAAUUCGGUCAAAGCUGUCGUCGAUGCUUAUGACGGUAGUGUUGAUCUAUAUGUUUUUGAACCGGAUGAUCCAAUAAUUAACGCCUGGCAACGUGCCCUUCCCGGGCUUUUCAAACCCAGGCAGGCAAUGCCAGAGAGCGUGCGCGCACAUGUGCGUUAUCCCCAGGACCUGCUGCUGGUUCAAGGUCUCAUUUUCGCCCGCUAUCACAUGACCGAUCCAGAGGUGUUCUACAACCAGGAGGAUGUCUGGGUUCGUGCAACCGAAAAGCAUUAUCAGGAUGUCAAACCCGUGGAACCCUACUAUGUCAUGUGGGAGCAGCCGGGAUCGGAUCAGGCCGAAUUUGUAUUGAUCCUGCCGUUCACACCAAAGAACAGACAGGUGCUGAUCGGAUGGAUUGCGGCCCUAUCGGACGGCGACAAUUACGGCCGUUUUAUCGCAUACAAGUUCCCCAAGGAGAAAAGGGUGCUUGGACCGCAACAGGUGGAAACCAAGAUCGAUCAGGAUGCCUUUCUUUCUGGACAGUUGACGCUUUGGAACCAGCAGGGCUCAGAAGUGAUCCGCGGCAAUGUAUUGGCCAUUCCUGUUGACGACUCGCUGUUGUACGUCGAGCCCAUCUAUUUGCGUGCCGAUACGGCUGCCUACCCGGAGUUGCGUCUCGUUGCAGUCAUGCAGGGCGAUACCCUGAGUUAUGCGGAGACCUUUGAAGAAGCACUGCUCGGCUUGUUUGCUGAUGAGCCGAUUGCCAUGCAAGCCAAACCUUCAAACGAUGGGUCUAUGGCAGAACUUGCAAGCGCGGCCAGGGGCGCUUUUGAUGCCUACCUGGCUGCACUUGGCGAGCAGCGCUUUCUGGAUGCGGCUAAGCAGCUGCAGGUUUUGAGCGAAGUACUGUCGCAAAUGAAUACGCCACAGGUCGAGCAGCCGACAACCGAAAGGCCCUGA